AUGGACGUUAGUGCAUCGUCAAGUAUUUGUAUGUCUCCUGUUAAUCCUGAAAAAGCUCAUAAGAGAAUCAAACAGCCUUUAAAAUGGAAAAGAAACGUCGCUAAACGAUUGAAGUAUUCUGCCAAAAGUUUACCUACUUUUUUAGAAUGUGAACAUAAAUCCAAAGCAUUUAUGUGUGCUACGUUGAAAAUGAGGGACUUAUUCAAAUUUCACAACAAUUUUCAUGAAAACUUGACAAAAAUUAGUCAAGACAACUUUAUCCUUAAAUAUAUGUCACUACUACUUAUAAAAGGCAGGAGACCUAAAAACGGCAAUGGACGGGAAAAACGGGAAAUGCAGACAAAAUUCACUAUUCAAGGUUCUGACUAUCAUUGCGUACCUGUAUGUCAAAAGACAUUUUGA